GCGGACAAAACAAACCUGAACAAGAAGGACGAGUAUCGUGAGAUGAAGCGGUGAUUGGUGGGCAAAUAUUGUAUUAAUUGUUGAAUACUCCUUCUAGUAUACGAUGCACAGAGGAGGUGUUCGCCGUGGUGGUGGCGGUGGUGGACGUGGUCGAGGUAGAAGGGGUGGUGGUGGACAUCCAUCUGGAUUAACCGGCAAGGAAAUAGGUCUGUGGUAUGCUGCAAGAGGUAAAGAAAUGAAGAAGAAGAAGGAACUGACAGAGCGUGACGUGGUUACAAUGAGUUCUCAUAAAGAAGAAAAGAUUAGCCAGCUACUAGAGAGGUUACAAGAUGAACCAUACCAGUCCUCUUCACAUAGCAAUGAAAGACAUCACCAUGGUAACAGGCAUAACUACGGUAACAUGCAUCAUCAUGGUAACAAACAUCACUAUGUUAACAUGCAUCAUCAUGGUAACAGACAUCACCAUGGUAACAGGUAUGACAACAGAUCUAGCCCAACAAGGUAUGAUAGAGAGUCACAUGAUGAUGGAAGCACCAGUCUUUCUGGUAAGGAUUCUCACACAAAGGACGAAUAUUGUGAAUCCCCAAUGCAGACAGAGACAUCAUAUUAUGAAAAUGUGAUCAUGGAAGUAGAAAUGAUUCAAAAUGUACAAAGCACAGAGAAACAAUCUGCAUCAGGGUGGAAACAAAAUAAAGGCAUGAAUGAUGGAAGAGGUCAUGGCUCUGAUGGAAGAGAUUUGUCAGAUAAUGAGGAUGAUGAUACAGACAUAUCCAUUAAAAAUGAUCAAACUGUGGAAGGUGAUGCUAUUUGUAUGUUUGAUGAAGUUGGUUCAACAACAAUGAAAUCAUCCUCAAAUUUUUGGGCCUCUCCCUUUGGAAAUGACUCUCUUCAAAGAGAUGCAGCUUUAGAUGACAAUCUCAAACUUGAAUUUAUUGAAAAGGCAGUUUCUAACAGGAAAUACAUUGAUAUGCAGGUUUUUAGAUCCAAACUUCCUUCUUACAGCAUGAAAGAGGGACUUCUUGACUUGAUGAAGAAAAAUCAGGUUAUUGUGAUAAGUGGAGAAACUGGUUGUGGCAAAACCACUCAGGUUGCACAAUUUAUUCUYGAUGAAGCAAUUAUGAAUGGCCAAGGCUCUUUGUGCAGGAUUGCUUGUACACAGCCAAGAAGGAUCAGUGCAAUAUCUGUUGCAGAAAGAGUAGCAGAAGAGCGUGGUGAGCCAUGUGGAGGGCAGAGUGUUGGAUACCAAAUAAGACUGGAAAGUAAGUUACCCCGCUCCAAAGGUUCUAUUAUCUACUGUACCACUGGAGUCUUGCUAAGAUGGCUGAUAUCAGAUGAGUUGUUACAUAACAUCAGUCAUGUGAUUGUAGAUGAGAUUCAUGAGAGAGACUUGAUGUCAGAUUUCUUACUUAUCAUCAUUAAGGAUCUUUUACCUAAAAGGCCUGAUUUGAAAUUGGUUCUAAUGAGUGCAACACUUAAUGCAGAGAUGUUCUCUUCAUAUUUUGAUGACUGUCCCAUGGCUCACAUUCCAGGGUUUACUUUCCCAGUCAAGGAAUAUUAUGUUGAAGACAUCAUUGAAAUGAUAAGAUAUGAGAAUCCAGACUCAUCCAGAUCUCAAGAAAAUUUUCGAGGGCCAAGAUGGAAAAGACAAGGUGGUGUAAAGAGUUGGGCCAAGAAGAGAAGAGCAGAAAAGAUGGCAUUUGGUGAAGAGGAAGAGAUUAAUGAUGAAGAAGUACAGUGGAGGGAAUAUCUACACACCAUUAAAACAAGGUAUUUCGCGUCAACAUUAGAUUGUCUGGAAAACAUGGAUUUUACCAGCAUCAACGUUGAUCUGGUAGUGAAGCUCAUCACAUAUAUAUGUACCAAUCUAGAGAAUGGUGCUAUUUUAGUAUUUCUGCCAGGAUGGGAUGAUAUUAGUAAGGUCCAUGAUAGUCUCAAGAACGCAAGAGUAUUCUCGUCAGAUAAAUAUCUCAUCAUUCCAGUACAUUCAAUGAUGCCAACAGCAUCUCAACGUGAGGUGUUUGAUCGCCCUCCCUCUGGAGUAAGAAAAAUAGUUCUUGCAACAAAUAUCGCCGAGACUAGUAUUACUAUUGAUGACGUUGUGUAUGUUAUAGACUGUGGGAAGGUUAAAGAAAAGACGUACGAUGUUUCUCGUAAAAUCUCUUGUCUGAUGCCUGUUUGGAUCAGCAAGGCUUCUUCUCGACAAAGAAGGGGACGCGCAGGAAGGGUUCGACCUGGAUGUUGUUUUCACUUGUUUACCGAGUUCCAAGCACUGAAAAUGAUUGACUAUCAGCUUCCUGAGAUGCUACGCACUCCUUUAGAAGAACUGUGUCUGCAGAUCAAGAUACUAAAGCUGGGAAUGAUAGGCGAAUUCCUGUCUAAAGCUUUACAACCACCUUCAUCUGAAGCCGUUCAAAAUGCUCUGGACACAUUAAAACAGUUGAAUGCAUUAGAUCACAACGAAUCUCUCACUCCCUUGGGUUACCACUUGGCCUCGUUACCAGUUGAUCCUCGUAUUGGAAAGAUGAUCUUGUUUGGCGCCAUUUUCUCCUGUCUUGAUCCUGUUCUCACCAUCGCUUCUACUUUGGGAUUCAAAGACCCAUUCGUUUUUCCUCUGGAUAAAAAGAAGCAGGCAGACAGAGUUCGAAUGAAGUUUGCUGGUGAAACUAGAAGUGACCAUCUAGCUGUACUUUAUGCUUACGAGGGUUGGGAAAGAGCUAAACGUUAUAACAAUGAUGGUUUAUACUGCUGGGAAAACUUCCUUUCAAAGCAAACACUUAAGAUGUUGAGUGACAUGAAGCUACAGUUUGCUCGCCUUUUAUGUGACAUUGGGUUUCUGGACAACACGAACCCUAAAAACUCAACAUCCAAUCAGAAUUCAGACAAUCUUAAACUUGUGAAAGCAGUGUUAUGUGCUGGUUUGUACCCAAAUGUGGUGAAACUAGAACAUCAUCCUAAAUUGAAACGUCCACCUAAGAUGAUCACACGUGAAGACGGUAGAGUUGCUUUGCACCCAAAGUCUGUCAACGUUGAACAUGUUGUGUAUGAAAACAACUGGCUGAUCUAUCACCAGAAAAUGAAAUCCUCAAAGGUCUUCAUUCAUGAUGCUACCAUGAUUUCUCCUUAUCCUCUCCUCUUCUUUGGAGGAGAGAUAUCAGUUCUAGUGGAGGAAGGACAUGAGAUCGUUGCAGUAGAUGACUUCAUUCGCUUUAGAUCUCCCAGGAAGAUUGCCAACAUGGUGAAGGAAUUACGAGCUCAACUGGAUAAACUGCUCGAGAGAAAGAUAUCCCAGCCAGACCUACGGCUUACUGUAGGCUCCUCAACAGCAGAGGAUAGUGGCUCAUUGUUACUUCAUGCUAUAAUCGACCUUAUAACAACCGAGGAAUCCAAAAACUGGAAAAGACGACGUGCUAUGGAAGAGCGAGAAGAAAUGGGUUUCAGUCCGAGUUUUUAAUCAAAACGAAAAAGUAUCUUCCGCUUUUGUAUCAAUUGUGAUUAUACUGCUGUAACAGUUUCAUAUCUAGAUAUAUUGUUUAGACUAUUACAUACUAAAAUGAAGCGAAAAUUGAAUAAUUGAUAGUAGCUUUCAUAGUGAUGUUAUGAUAACCAUUCUCAAAGACUGAAGGAAAAAUGGAUUAUAAAAAUGUAAAGAUAUUUUAUUUUGCUAGUGACUUAAUAGUAGAAGAUAAAAAAAACAAAGUUAGUAUUUACAACUGUAAAAAGAACGAAAGAAAUAGAAAAUGCAAAGAAACGUUGAAAUAUAUACUUGUCUAUAUAUUGACAAGGAUAGAAAUGGUGUCUUUAAAACUUUUAAAAUAAAACGUUUUCGACUGCGAAAGUAA